GAGAGAGAGAGAGAGAGAGAGAGCGCGAGCGCGCCAGCGGAGACAGCAAGAGAGCUAGCUGUCUGCAAGACAGACAUUACUACACAAUUGUACAAGCUUCGCUUCCUUUGCCGAGAAGCGCCACCUUCUAAAAGCAUCACCGCCUUUUAUUUCAAUGCAGUGACAAAUAAAGCUAAUUUGAUUCAAUCUAAGCCCGUUCCACCAAAGGAUUGGGUCUGCAACCAGCUGUUCAAGUGACUGCCCCGAACUGUCAGAAUCAUCACAUCCUAGCUGAACCUCUCUGUUGAACAAAUUCUUCAAAGGCUUGGUGUCCUUAGGCUGCCAUCAUUGAGAACUUAUCUGCUGAUAUCGGAAUCUCGUAGCCACCAAAUUUAAAGAGAAAUUGACAACUUUGGAACUGAUGUAGAAAUCAAAUCCUGUUGCAAGAAACCAGGACAAGAAAUUUCUCGCAAGAACUUUUGACAUUAAGUGAAUAGUUUUAUGGAUUGCCGGCGACAACCUGUCUCGUUUUCCAAGCAACACAGUCUCCAAGUGUGCGGCAAGUCCGGCGAACAGCGGCUGAUGUCUACCUUUUGUGCUUAAGACACACAUUGAAGGUCUGUGAGCUAAUGGACACACCUGAGAUUUCUGUCUUGAUGGAUGCGAACAGAAGAGUUGCAUUUCAUGUGAUUCCACAGCAGCUGUGAAAAUCCUGGCUGGAGGAAAUGAUGCCUCAUGUAGUUCUUGGAUCUUUUUGGAGCAAACUGCCAGAAAACAAAUGCAACAUACAAUUUAUCAAACUAGAAUUAAAGCAUAACAGACACUAAGUAAGUCUUUCAAAGAUGAAAUCGAACCAGGAACGCAGCAAUGAAUGUUUACCGCCCAAGAAACGUGAGUUUCCUGUCAGCAGCCUGCCCUUGGCAGAGAAGGCAGUUGCAGCAGCUACUGCAAGUGAGAGCAGUCGCAGUGAAAACUUGGCAUGGCUUGCCAAUGUAGCUAGCAGCCAAAGAAGUGUGGGCGUGAAGUAUGGACAUGCCAAAGUAGCAGGAGAAACCUCAGUGGAAACUGGCUUACCACUGUAUAAAUCACUACCAACUGCAGUGGACUAUUCAUCGCCUGGGAAUGUUAGACCAGCUCCAGGGGUAACACAACUUCGAGCUGUUUAUUCAUCUUCAGCAUUAGCUCAGCCAGGGUCGUCUUCGUCACCUGUGGAAUAUGCUCAUCUGCAGCCCGCUGCUACUUUCCAGUUUGUUGGGCCACCUUUUAGUACACCAUAUGUAGGAUCUCCUCCAUUUGUCCCCUCCCAGUUGAUCUCCCCAACAGCUUCAAAUGCUUCUGUUGCUUCAACUCAGUAUUCCCAACUAGAACCUUACUCUACAAUUUUUGCCAGUAUGGGCAGCCCAUCCCAGCACAAGGUGGAACAUCAGAUUGUCAGGCCACGCAGAGAGAUUCCAGGAUCACCUUCCCCCUCGGUGCAAAACCAGUAUGUGCAAAUUUCAAGUUCGUCUCCCAAUGUGACAAGGCCCCACUCCCCUACUACAGUCCCCUUGCAUUUGCACUCUCACCCAUCAGUGAUUCCACACACUCUGACAGUCAGUACACCGUCACCAAUGGUUCUCCAGUACUCAGACGCCGGAUACCCUGUUGGAUCAAGGGAAACCAUCAGGAAGGUUGAUGACAUCAGACCGCAUUUGGUUCCAAGAAGGGAAGUAUUAAAUGGUGAAAUUGAGAAAAGUAGGAGAUAUGCUCUUUCACCCAGCACGGAAUUGAACCUGGAAAAGUCAGGAGCCAAACCGGUUUCUCGGCACUAUGAAAUAAGGCAUGGGACCCAUGUGGUUGUUCACCCAAGCCCUGCUGACUACACUGCACAAGAAAAUUUGGGCUCUAGAGCUUCAGUAAUGAUUAUACCCAACAGUCACACACCAACUACAGAUUUGGAGGUCCAACAGGCCAUAGACAGCGACAAUUCUCCUUUGGCAUUGUAUGACAAAGCCAACUUAAAUCAUGGAAAGGCAACUUUUUCUCCACAGUCUGUCAUCCAAACCACCCAUACUCCCACUGACCAUCUUUCUAUAGGACUACCUGCUAGUGCCGUUUAUCCUGGUUCUCAACAGCCUCUUAUUGGUUACAUAAGCAGUCAACAGCAAGCACUAAGUUACCAUGGGAACCUGCAGCAGCAUGUAGUAAUUCCAGGCACCCACCCACUUCUUAUUCCUGUAUGCAGUACAGCAGUUGAAGCUUCAGGGGUGACCUCUACAAUAGUGACAACAUCUCCUCAGUUUGCUGCAGUGCCUCAUCCAUUUGUCAGCACAGCUAGUCCCAAGAGUGAGAACUAUCAUCCUCAAUCACUUACUACACAGCCAACUUACCACACAACUGUUGUGCAGGCUCAAGUGCAUCUGCCAGUAGUACAGUCAGUGAGUUCUCCAGUCGCAGCUUCUAAUCAACUGCCUCCCUACUUCAUGAAAGGAUCAAUCAUACAGUUAGCUAAUGGAGAGCUAAAAAGAGUUGAAGAUUUAAAAACAGAGGACUUCAUACAAAGUGCUGAAAUCAGCAGUGAUCUGAAGAUUGACUCUAGCACUGUGGAGCGUGUUGAAGGCAGUCACAUCUCCAGUUUUGCUGUUCUGCAGUUUGCAGUUGGAGAACACAGAACACAGGUCAGUGUUGAAGUUCUGGUGGAACAUCCUUUUUUUGUUUUUGGAAAAGGCUGGUCAUCAUGUUGUCCGGAGAGAACCUCCCAACUAUUUGGCUUGCCAUGUUCGAAACUUUCUGUUGGCGAUGUUUGCAUAUCUCUCACACUGAAAAAUCUGAAAAAUGGCUCUAUAAAUAAAGGACAGGCUAUUGACACGACUGGUGCUUUGUUGAAGCACCCGAAGAAUUAUAGUAUAACUGGGAGCAGGUCCCGAUACUUGGAGCGGGAGAACGGGAUUGUUCAGGGAAAUGUACCUGUUGUUUCAGAGAAUGGCAAAUUGUUAUCUGAAACCAUUACAGUACAAUCUGCAAAGUCUUGGCUCAACAAAACAGAGGUUGGAAGGCCUUCAACAAGAAAAAGAAGGUGGUCUGCUCCUGAAACACGAAAAGUAGAGAAGACUGAAGAGCAGCCAUUGAAUCUUCCCAAGCCUUCCUUCAUUCCUCAGGAGGUUAAGAUUUGCAUUGAAGGACGGUCCAACAUAGGCAAGUGAAGGCACUUUGGGGAGUGACAGUAGCUCAAAAUUGUUAAAUCUAUAAUACUGUACUGUAGACUUAAAGCUAGAAAAACCCCCAGUAUUUACAUGUUAUCUGCUUGUUAUUUUAGGUUUUUGUUAAUAACAUGUUGUAAUAAUUUUGAAUGGUGUUACGGAGGAGACUGGUAACUGUUCUUUCCACCUAGCUUUGACUGUUCACUGUUUAUUGAAUGCCCUUAUAAAAAUUCUCACCUGGAUUAUUCCUGUCAUGAUUAGAAUCCAUUAUAGUCUUCUCUGGUACUGUUUUUUUAAAAAAUUUGGUUCAUAUUUAGUGACAGUUGGUGCCACUUCCUUUGUCCCCCAUGCUUAUUUGUACAUUGUGCAACAUAACAAUGUGGCAGGAUGGUCUUUGGGCACUUGCAAUUCAGUGAUAUUUAUUUACUGGGUAUCUUAGUCUGGAUGCUCAACAUCAUACCAAAUUGACAAGUUUAGUGUUAUCUGUAAACACUGUCAUCCACUUAAACUAGAUACUGAACUUUAAAAGAAAAGGAAAUGAAAAAUAAUGUAAGUUUUAGAAGACAUGAGUCUAGAACCAAUUGUAGAUUCAAGUUGUUUGGAAGAAUGAGAAUCGAUGAUUCUUGUAUGAAUGAGUAAAUAUGGUAGUUCCUUGAAGACUGCUUUAUCAGAACGCACUUUUUAAAUGUAAUGCUUAAUAAAGAGAGAGAUGGGGAAUCCCAGUAAGUUGAAACAAAAACUUGAAGAGAAAUCUAAGAGUUAUCCAGUGUUUAACUGUUGUACUUUUAAAGCAUUUGGCAAUUUGCACACCUUGAGAGUCAACAAUCAUCCAGUGAGUCUGUCAGUUGUGUUUUGCUCUCUACCUUUUUGAAAAGGGGAAACUUAAAAAAAAGAGAUGUAGCGAAUAUUGUUUGGCCUGCCUUAGCAUUGGGACCUUCCCACAGUGUUGUUUUUUUGGGAAACUGUGUUGAAUGAUUGACGCAGAAGUAUGUCAUAUCUAUUAAUCUCUCUAGGACAGUUUGAAAGGAUAUAUAUUUCCAAUAAUUUCCCUUUUAAAAGAUAUCAGGCUGUUUCAAAAAUUAAAAAUAGUUUCCAUUUGUGUCAUAAAAUAGGUUUCUGAUUGAUUUACAUUUUACACAUAAAUAUCAGUGCAUACCAGUGAUAUCAACAGUUUGAAAAAAUUGUACAGGGUUUUAAUCAUUCAAAUCUUUGUUCUUGGCCACCUUCAAAUAAUUCUUAGAUAAUUUUAGAGAGUGCAAUGCUUUUUGAAGCCCAUAACACAAUAACACUCAAACUUUCAUUUAUCAGUAUUUAAAAUGAACAAAGCCUCCUUUAAUCUUGUUGCAUAAUAGCUAUCAAAUAAAACUAAAACCUUAGAAUUGAGGGAGGGUUUAGGGGGGCGGUAACUUUUUAAAUUAGUGCAAACAACUCAGUCUAGCUUGCAUUGAAAAAUAAUUUCUUAACUUGCCUCUUUUAAGAAUGUAUCCAAAACUAUUCCAACAUCCUAUGGAAAUGAAUGGGUAUAGGAUUGGAGAGGCUAAAAGGCUUAAGUAUUGUUGAAGUUCACAAUAAUUAAAACUCUUAACAGCGCACCAAAAUAGCUGAACAGGUUUUCACGUAUUGCACAUUGACAUUACUUGGUUAGUGCUGAGUUCCUAAUGAUAAAGUGGGAUUUAUUUUCAAUAAAUACAUCCGCCCUUCCAUUAACUUGCUCAGGGCAGUCACAUUCAUAUUCUUUUAUUUUUCUUAAUGCUAGAUAGCAAGAAGAAAUUGAAGUGGAAUGCAGAGAUAUGAGAUUUUUAGCUAAAUGGAUCAGUAUAGCUAUUACAGUCAGGUGAUUUUUAUUAAAGAAAUCUCCUAGCAUUGAAGCAGGGACUCAUUUAACUGACUGAAUCUUCUGAAGAAACACUACAGGAAAUAGUCAGGCACAAUACAAACGAUUCAGUUAUUUGUUUCUGUUCAUUUAUAAGUACGAAUUCCAGUUCUAGAAUCUUGAUCCACCCACAUAUUACUCCAAAAUUGUUUGCUUGUUUAGUAUGUGCAAUAACUAUUUGUUCAAAGAGCCAGGUUUAAAAUGAUAGGUCACAUCUUUUUGCUUACAUUUUUAAAAACUGCAUUUCUUGCGAAUCAUCUUACUGCUGCCUUUUUUUUAAACUGAGUCCCUGGCCUCCUUUAAAGAAAAAGUGUGCUGAAUUAGAAUGCAAGGAAAGCUUUUACAUUUAUAACCAGAUCAGCCAUGUGCCUCUGUACAAAGUCUGAUUUGCAAUAGUUAACUGACAACAGGCUAUUUUUUAAAAAGUUUGUAGUGAGUAAAAAUAAAACCUCACACAAAAUUAAGUCAGGGUAAUCCCACCUGUUUGUAGACAGUUACAAAUAUUUACUGGUUAUUCCUUUAGCAGUAGAAAUUUCCACCUACAACACCUUUUUAAUUUGUUGGAUAUAGUGAUUGGAGAGACCUGUAGAACCCUUUCACACCUCUUACUCAGGGAUGGGCUGGUGUGUAUGUGGAACACUGAUGUAACCGGAAGCAGCACUUUCACUAACUCCGAAGCCUAAUUUCUUUUUAACAGACCUAGCCUCAAAUAUUGUUACCUUACUAAUCAGAUAACGGUGGCACUCUAUUUACAUGGAAUCUUAUAAACAAAGUGCUUUUGAAGGGUUAACAGUCAAGGCUCACAUAUGUUGAUUAGUACAGGUAAUGUGAAUCUAUUGCACAUGGAGAUUUGAAUGUUGAUGAAAGGUUACUCAGUUUUUGAAAGGCUCAGAUACUGUUUAAACUAGCUUUGACUUUCAUACCUUGUAAUAUAAUGGAGGGGAAAAAUAAACCAUUAGAAAAGUUGAAGGUUCCCUUUAGCUGUUUAUUUUAAUUUGGUAUGUCCAGGAGAUUGAUUUAUUCAGGCUGUGGUGAGGUUGAAGUACUGUAUAAAGAGGCUUUUGGACGUGCAGCCAGUUUGUGAAUAGUUUCCAGAUGUGAACGGCUGCUCCUGAGUUUGCUAUAUUUUGGUUGUUAGUAUCUUUUGAAAGUUUUAAGUCUUCCAUUGAGAAUCAAUUAGAGGCGGCAAUUGUCUUUUUUGUUUUCUUUGUGGACUGACUAAGCUGUGGUCAUCUAAUGGCAAUGGCCAGUAGAGGUAGGAAAAUGGGGGAGGGAUAAAAUGUUUUGCACCUUAAUGACGAUGGGAGAGUUUUUUCAGUGCAUAAAUACGUAGUUAAGAGCUUUCAUUGUGAAAGGGGGGGACGUUUCCGUACACGUGUGUAUUCUAUGUAAUUCCAGUGUACAAUAUUGUACUUGCACUAGCUUUUUUUAAACAAUUAUACAAAUGGAAGAAUUCAUAUUCUAUUUUCUAAUCGUGGUGUGUCUAUUUGUAGGAUACACUCGGGUCUGUUGAAUUUUAUGGUCCCUUUCUUUGAUGGUGCUUGCAGGUUUUCUAGUUAGAAGUUAUUUCAUUAUUAUGAUAAUAUUUGAUCCAGACUUUGAACAAAUUUUGUUUUAAAGAAAUUGUCUGUAUACCAGUACAAGUUUAUUGUUUCAGUAUACUCGUACUAAUAAAAUAACAGUGCCAACCACAACUGCUUCCUCUAGUUGCUUGUCUUU